AUGGAGAGAAGCCAGGGAAGGGAAGGUGGCAAGGGGGUGGCAGGGCAGGAGCCGAGUGGUGGGGGGCUGAGGCUGAGGAGAGAGAUUGGCCUGUGGAGUGCCGUGUCCCUGAUUGCUGGCUGUAUGAUCGGCUCCGGCAUCUUCAUGUCACCACAGGGGGUCUUGGUCUACAUGGGCAGCCCUGGGGCCAGUCUCGUGGUCUGGGCAGUCUGCGGCCUCCUGGCCAUGCUAGGUGCCCUUUGCUAUGCUGAGCUGGGUGCCCUGAUCCCCGAAUCUGGAGGGGAGUAUGCCUACAUCUUGCGAAUCUUUGGCUCCUUGCCAGCCUUCCUGGUCAUCUACACGUUUGUGCUGGUGGGCAGACCGGCUGCCAUCGCUGCUGUCUCUCUGAGCUUUGCUGAGUAUGCCGUGGCCCCCUUUUUCCCCAGUUGCUCCUCACUGCCCCAGGCUGUGCUCAAGAGUGUGGCUGCCAUCUGCAUUCUGCUGCUGGUGCUGGUCAACUGCUGGAGCUCACGGCUGGCCACCAUGCUGAUGAACGUGUGCACGGUUGCCAAAGUGUUCUCAAUGCUGCUCAUCAUGGCAGGUGGGGCCAUGGUGCUGGGCCAGGGCCGUGCCAGCACAGCCUUUCAGUCCGCCUUCCACAAUACGACACAGCAGGUGGGGUGCAUCAGCAUGGCCUUCUACCAGGGCCUAUGGUCCUUUGAUGGCUGGAGUAACCUCAACUAUGUGAUGGAGGAGCUCAAGAAUCCAAAACAGAACCUGGAGUGGGCACUGAUGAUUGCCAUCCCCUUGGUCACCAGCCUGUACAUCCUGGUCAACAUCAGUUAUCUGCUGGUGUUGUCACCCAAAGAGAUCCUUUCCUCCGACGCUGUGGCUGUGAGCUGGGGGAACCAGGUUCUGGGGGCCUGGGCCUGGCUGGUGCCUGUGGCUGUCACACUCUCGACAUUUGGCUCUGCCAAUGGUACAUUUUUCAGUGGAAGCCGUCUAUGCUACGUAGCUGCGAGAGAGGGCCACAUGCCCCAGCUGCUGUCCAUGGUUCACGUGCGUCGCUUCACACCGACUCCAGCCCUGAUGUUCACCACGGCAGUGGCUUUGGCCCUGGUCCUCCCUGGAAACUUCAGCAUCAUCGUGAACUUCUUGAGGCAAGUGAGACUCCUCCACGCUGGGUAUCUCUUGGCCCUGAUGUGUACACAUUCAGAUACUUGCACACUUGUACAUGUCUAUAAGGUCCCCACUGUCAUCCCUGUCAUCGUGCUCCUUGCUUCUCUCUGCCUGGUGCUGGCACCCAUCAUCGACCAUCCUCAGAUAGAGUUCCUGUACAUCUUCUUGUUCCUGCUCAGUGGCCUCCCAGUCUAUUUCUUAUUUGUCUACUUUCGGUGCCAGCCCAAGUGUUUGCAGGUAGUCACCUUGCAUCUCCAGCUGCUCCUGGAAGUUGCUCCGAACAUUAAAAAUGAUUGAAGGACUGGACAGGUCUGUACUGCCCUUUUUGCUGCAGACACCUCUAGCCCCACACAAGUGGUGUUCCCAGAUUCUCUGUAGGUUGAGUGUGCAUAAUUCUAAUUCUAAGAUCCUAAAGUGCUAGAGCAUAGUCAUUGUGGAGUUUUGAGGUGUCCAAUGAGGACAAUACCCCCAGCUUCCCUAAGAACUGCUCCUUCACCACAGGCAGAUCUCAGAGCCAUACUGGUGUUACGGGAUGCCUCUCUGGGUCAAAGCUAUUUGAUAUUAUAGGUGGGCACCAUGAAUACAUUCUCUUCUUUUGGGAUUUUGGAAUUAGAAUUCUGAUGGUUGCUUGAUCUGAGGAAUUGUAAAUCUUGGGAUCUAUGUGGGGCCAUCUUCCAUUAUGUGGGCAGAGAUGUACAGAAAGCCACUGUGGGAGAAGAAUGAAGAAGCUACACAGCAAGACGGUGUUGAGCAAUGAUGUGUCCCCAAGAGGUGGGGGGAAGUCCUGGGAGGGCAGCAACCUGGAUGCAUGGCUGUUUUUCAGUUCUGGUCUCUGUCCUGUGGUCCAACCACCAUCUAACUGUCCUUCCUGCUUUUUGAUUGUCUGGGACAACCUGAAACCUUACAAUAAAUUUCCAA